AUGAGCGAUUCAGACGAUAGGUAGAUUGAAGAUGAUGAUUUUGAAUAUAAAUAGAAGCAAAAUAAAGAUAGUAAAAAAGGAGCAGAUAUUAAAGCAGAAAAAAUAGAAAAUUAGCAUAUGGAUGAAAGAAUCGAACUAGAUUCUGAAGGCUAAUCAGAGGAAAUUUAGUCUUAAGAGGAAGAAGAUCAUCAGGACGAUAAACAAGAUGAUUCCUUAUAAAAUUCUAAUUAAAAUAAAGGAAAGAAUGCAGGUAGAUAAAAUUAUAAUCGCACUGAUGAAGAUGAGUAAGAUUAUGAAGCUAAAAACACAAAUAUUCCAGGUGCUUAUAAUCCAGCUGAUUAUGCUCAUCUUGAUGUUAGCAAUGAAAUUAAAGAACUCUUUAGAUACGUUUAAAGAUAUUAACCUGAAACUAAAGAACUAGAUGCCAAGCUUAAGCCUUUUAUUCCUGAUUAUUAUCCUGCUAUCGGUGAAGUCGAUGCUUAUAUAAAGAUGCCUAGACCAGAUAAGAAAGAUGAAAUACUUGGUUUAUAAAUUCUUGAUGAACCUUGCUUAAACCAAUCAAAUAAAGCUGUCGUUACAUUGAAAUAUGGUAAUUCAUCAAAAUAAAAGAUUGAUGGUAAAUUAGUUGCAAUUGAUGCCAUCUAAAACGCUGAAAAGAAUCCUAAGUAAAUAUAAAUGUGGAUAAAUAACGUAGCUGAAAUUCGUAAAACUAAACAACCCCAUAGUGUUUCCUAUACCAAACCUAUGCCUGAAAUAGAUGAGCUUAUGCAAGAAUGGCCUUAAGAAAUCGAAGAAAUCCUCUAACAUUUAAAAAUUCCUAGUGAAGAGCUUGAUUUUAAUUUAUCUGAUUUCUGUAAGCUCGCUUGUGCUAUUUUGGAUAUUCCAGUUCACGAUUAGCCAAAUGAGUCAAACGUCAUAGAAUCAUUACAUGUAUUAUUUACUCUCUACUCUGAGUUUAAAUCUAACUAGCACUUUUAGUAAAAUAAAAAUGAUGGUAAUUACGAUUAGAUGCAGCUCCAAAUUAAUUGA